AUGGAGCCGCCUCCCUCUCCUCCCCCCCGCCGCCCCGUCAAACGGGAGCCCCUGGACCCGGAGGCAGGGGAAUCCCCAAGCCAGGACAAUUCCGGCAGCACCGAGGCCCCUGAGUUGAUGCUAGGGGGGUCCCUGGCAUGGGGGACCCCCAAGGAGCACCCUCUAAUGGCCCCAGGGGGGCGGAAGUACUCAGAUCACUGUGAGGAGCGGGCAUCUCGGCCUGGGAAGAGCCGCAUCCCUGGGCGGGACCAUCGGCGCUAUUAUCACGAGCACUGGCGGGCUGAGUACCUGAUGGACUUCAACCCGGCACGGCAUGGCAUGAUCUGCAUGGUGUGUGGCAGCGCGCUGGCCACCCUCAAGCUGAGCACCAUCAAGCGUCACAUCCGCCAGAAGCACCCCUACUCCGGGGGCUGGGGCCCCCGUGAGAAGCAGGUCAUCAUCCAGAGCUGGGACGCCCACCUCGGGUUGGACGGGGAGCUUGAGGGGCACGGAGACCUCGCCCAGGCACCUGACAGCCUGCAGGGAGCACAAGGGAUGCUGUCGACGGGGGGCGGGUUCCGGCGUCGGCGCCGUGCCCCAUGCCCAUCCCCACGGGGGGCUGCCCGGCGUCCGGCGCUCGGGGGCAGGAAGGCAUCACCCAGCGCCCGCCGGCUGGAGCGCUACGUGCGUGAGUCCCUGCAGAGCUGGUUCCAGGCCGAGUUCCUCAUGGAUUACGAUGCCCAGGGCAACCGGCUGCGCUGCAUGAUGUGUGGGCGUGGGCUGCCCAGCCUCAACCUGGACGACAUCAAGCGCCACGUGCUGCAGGCCCACCCCGCCUCGCUCGCCUUCAGCCCCGCUGAGAAGGGCGCCAUCCUGGAGGCCUGGAACUCCCGUGCCCUGGUGCUGGCUGCCGGCAAGGGUUGGGCGCCGCAGGGGGACCGCCCUGCAGAGCCCGAUGCCCCCUCCCCUGGGGACCUUAGUGCUGAGGCCUCUGAGCCAUGCUCGGCAAUGGCUGCCCCAGAGCCAGAGGAGAGCAGCUCCCCGGAGAGCUGGGCCAAGGAGGAGCCUGUGGCGCCGUGGGAGCUGGAUGCGGGGGGGCCGCUGCGGGGUAAAGACCAUCGGCGCCACUUCCAGGAGCACUGGCGGCUGGAGUACCUGAUGGACUACCACGGCGAGCGGCACGGGCUGGUGUGCAUGGUGUGUGGGGGAGCACUGGCCACCCUCAAGAUGAGCACCAUCAAACGCCACAUCCGCCAGCGGCACCCUGACUCCACCCUGCUCAGCCACCAGGUCAAAGCCCUGAUCGUGGAGGAGUGGAACCGCAAGGUCGCCCAGCUGGUGGAGAUGGGGGCACCCCUGCCAGAGCAGGCCUCAGGAGACUCCCAGAAUCCUUUGCAGCCAUCUAGCCCCGAGGAGCUGGAUGAGGACGUGCAGCUGCCUGCAGAGGGGGAGGGGGAGGAGGAGGAAGAGGAGGAGGAGAGUGUGUUGGUGGUGGGGACGCCCCCAUCCACCCCACAGAGCCCCGCUGACCCCACAGCUGGCCCCCAGACGGGCCCGGCACCUGCACCGCGGCGGGAGCAGCGGCGGAACUACCAGCUGCACUGGCGCGUGGAAUACCUGAUGGACUACGAUGGCAGGCGGCACGGGCUGGUGUGCAUGGUGUGCGGGGGGGCGCUCGCCACCCUCAAGGUGAGCACCAUCAAGCGCCACAUCCUGCAGGUGCACCCCUUCUCCUUGGACUUCACCCCAGAGGAGCGGCAGACUAUCCUAGAGGCCUACAAUGAGACGGCCCUGCGCUAUGAGCCUGCCCUGGGGGAGGAGUCUGAGGUUAAGCCCUGCCCCUUCCUCCAGGCCACUCCUGCUGAUGGGAAAAAGGCAGAGUUGGCCUGUGCCCCACCCACCAGCACAGCAUAG